AUGUCGAUUUCCAAAGUCAAGGUUGUGCGUCUUGCGCACGUCCAUUAUGCACAUCCAGAUCUCCAGCGCGGGGUGGACUUUCUCCUCGAUUUUGGCAUGAUUGAGGCGAGCCGUGAAGGUCAAAAGGUUUACCUCCGUGGAUACGGCAUCCAGCCAUACGUCUACCUGGCUGAACAGUCCCCGGAUGACAAGAGGCAUUUCCUUGGAGGCUACUGGGCCGUCGAGAGCGAAGCCGAGCUACAGAAGGCAGCGAACUUGCCAAACGCGUCCCCGAUCAAGGACCUCGAGGGCCCUGGCGGUGGCAAAGUGGUUACGAUCGUUGAUCCCAACGGGCACGUCGUUGGCUUCGUCUGGGGUCAGCAGCUUCGAACGCACGAUAUGUCAACGUCGGAGCAAGUUGCUGGAUCCUUGGACAAAACUGGCGGUGACUUCAACUUUGCCGCACAGAAGACCCGCAAGGGAUCUUGGAGGAGGUUCAAUGUUGGCCCCAGCCCGGUCCAUAAGCUCGGGCACUAUGGCUACAUGACGAGGCCGGAAAAGCUCAAGGAGACGUUGAAGUGGUACCUGGACCUCAUCAACUUGAAAAUCACGGACAGCAUGUACGAUCCGGUAACGGGUGAGGAUGAGACGUGUUUUAUGCAUAUCGACCUUGGUCAGCAAUACACCGACCACCAUAGUUUUUUCCUGGGAUCGACACCAAACACGACAAAGGCACACGUCCACCACUCCAGCUUCGAGGUCAACGACUAUGAUACUGAACUGCUUGGCCAUGACCACCUGAGAAAGAAAGGUUGGACGAAUUGUUGGGGUGUGGGUAGACAUGUCCUGGGCAGUCAAAUAUUUGACUAUUGGUUUGACGGCUCCGGCAACGUGGUUGAGCAUUAUUCUGAUGGUGACAUGGUAAAUGAGGACACGCCACGGGGAAGAGAGCCUGCUGCUAUAGAUGGAAUCGCCGUCUGGGGUCCCAACGUGACGUUAGGAUUUGCUACAGGCAGAAUUGAAGAUGCUGGAAAACCGUUUGUGGCCCCUCCAGACGUCCAGCAUGCCACGCCUGCAGUCGCUUAG